CAGGGGGACGAGCCACCACGGAUGGGAGUACUGGCACCAUACAGCCAGAUGUCCACCAGGGGGAGGUACUGUAGACUGUAAGCUCGGCAGGCGAUGCCGUCAGUCGGUGUUCUCCCCAUAUGAUGUCAGGUUGGAUGUCUUUCUGUCGGGCUUCAUCUUCUCUCUGAAUGACGGUAACACAGGAAGAGGAAGCUGGGACUGACUCCGAAUAAGAAACCAGCUACCAAGUAUGAACAGCUUUCUGUCCUGAGAGGCUGCAUAGAUCUCCAGUAACAAUGCUCCUAAGUACCCUCAGCUCCCUGAGGUGUAUGCAGUAAUAAUGCCCUGCAGCCAGAGAAGCAUAGGUAGGAAAGAGCUGAGCAGACAUGGAGGACCGGAGCCUGGAGCCGGCGUUGCGAGAUGUCUACACGUCCUGCAGCCACCUGCGCCGUCCAUCCAUGGAGACAUCGGCCAAGAAUGGAACGGAGCUGAUGGUCAGCCAGGCCGAGGGGCAGUACGUGCUGUGCCGCUGGACAGAUGGGCUCUAUUACCUGGGCAAGAUUAAGAGGGUGAGUAGCACAAAGCAAAGCUGCCUUGUGACAUUUGAAGACAACUCUAAAUACUGGGUGUUGUGGAAGGACAUUCAGCACGCCGGGGUGCCUGGAGAGGAGCCGAAGUGUAACAUCUGCAUGGGAAAGACGAAAGCCCAGCUGAAUGACAUCCUCAUAUGUGGAAAGUGCGGACUGGGUUAUCAUCAGAAUUGUCACAUACCAGCGGUGGAAAGCGGAGAAAAUGGGAUUCUGGAGCCCUGGUUCUGCAGACGCUGUAUCUUUGUCCUCGCUGUCAGGAAAGGAGGCGCCUUAAAGAAAGGUCCAAUUGCAAAGACUCUGCAGGCGGUGAAGAUGUUCCUGACGUACUGCCCUGAGGACCUAGACUGGGACUCUGCUCACAGAACUAACCAGCAGCAAUGUUACUGUUACUGCGGGGGCCCCGGAGAGUGGUAUCUGAAGAUGAUCCAGUGUUUCCGCUGUCGGCAGUGGUUCCACGAGGCUUGUAUCCAGUGCCUGAAUGACCCCAUGCUGUUUGGAGACAGGUUUUUGAUAUUCUUUUGCUCGGUCUGUAAUCAUGGGGUGGAGUUUAUCAAGCGGCUUCCGCUGCGAUGGGUGGACAUCGUGCACCUCGCUCUCUACAACCUCGGGGUCCUCAGUAAGAAGAAAUACUUUGAUUUUGAGGAGAUCCUGACUUUUGUCAAUGAUAACUGGGAACAUCUGCAGCUCGGCAAGUUGUCAGUCACCCCAGAAGAGGAGCGAGGACAGCACCUUCUGGAGGCCUUAAACAGCUACAAAAGCAGGUUUCUUUGUGGCAAAGAAAUAAAAAGAAAGAAAUGUAUCUUCCGCUUACGUAUCCGGGUCCCGCCGAGCCCCCCCAAUAAACUCUUACCUGACAAACUGCUGGGUCAUAUGGACACCCGGUCUGGGGGUGAUGUCAAGAAGAAGGGACGCAGCAAAUACAAGAGCAGCCUCCUGCCCGGUCAGCGACAGAAGAGGAGCGCGAGCUGCCGUAAGCCGUCCCAGUUCCUCCUGGAGGAUGCGAUUCCCAGUAGCGACUUCACCUCCGCCUGGAGCACCAACCACCACCUCGCCAGCAUCUUUGAUUUUACAUUGGACGAGAUUCAAAGUCUUAAAAGUGCAAGUUCUGGACAGAAUUUCACUUCAGAUGUGGACUCCAAUGACGCAGCCAGCACAUCCGGCUCGGCAUCUAACCUGUCUUAUGAGUCGCA